AUGCCGCGGCCGUCGGGAUCGCCGGAGCGGCGCCUCGCCGUGCUCCUGUCCCACUUCCACCCGUGUUGCGAGCCUCCACGCACCAUCCCCGGCGUCGCCAGCGCCGAGUGCCUCGGGACCGCAGCCGCGGCGGAGGCCGAGACGGAGGGGAGCCUCUCCACGUCGCCCUGCGCAGGAGGAGAGGAGAAGGGGGAGUCCUCGGGUGGCGGGCACUGCGUGUUCUGCAACAUCGUCGCGGGCACCGCGCAGGCCUUCAAGCUCUACGAGGAUGAUAUGUGCUUGUGCAUCCUGGAUGCUAAACCUCUAACAAGCGGGCAUUCCCUUAUCAUUCCAAAAAGCCAUUACCCAUCACUGCAAACAACACCACCAACUGUACUAGCAGCUAUCUGCUCUAAAUUGCCACUCCUGGGUACUGCAAUCAUGAAGGCUACUCAAUGUGAUGCAUUCAAUGUGCUAAUCAACAAUGGAGAGAAGGCAGGACAAGUUAUUUUUCAUACUCAUGUGCAUAUCAUUCCACGUAGCAAAGAUGAUAACCUGUGGUCUUCAGAGACCUACUCAAGGAACCCUAUUUCACAUGGACAGGAAACUAAGCAUCUUGUUAGCAGCAUCAAGGAAAUAAUCUCUUCUUCCCCCAAAGACUACAGUACUGUAAUGUCAUCCACGCCAAAGGAACUCUGA